GCCAGUGACUACUAUUUAUGUGGCGUGAUUUUCGUCAAUUGGGGGAUUCAUAUGUCUGUGCCCUAACUUAGGGUAUACCGAGUAGACGACUCCAUACUCCGUACAUGACUCUGUAGGAUCCUCUCCAGGCAGAACUAGACUAAAAUGCACUAUUGACCUGCUAAGGAUACGCAGACAGCAUGAAUUGCUUGAGCCUUGAGAUCAGAACGUCCCACCCUAGACAUACUUGGGAAAUUCCUCCGGAUGCGACUCCUGGAUCCAUCAGUUCCAUCAGGAUUUUACAGCCACCCCUUUCAAUAGUGCUGAUGAUGAAAAGAAAACCGCGGCAUUUCUCUGUCCUCGCUCAGAGCUCUCUUAAAUAGUAUAAAUGUGAACCGCAAACCCAUGAUCGACACUGUCAUUUUAUACUUUUCUAUCCACUUCCCUUGAUCUUCACCCCUAGAAUUAUUAUGAGGACUUCCUGGACACUGGCAGCGGUGGCUGCUCUGGCCUCUAAUGCGGUCGCCUCCUCGUCCCAGUGCUAUUGUAUGCCUGGGGACAGCUGCUGGCCUUCGGACUCGACAUGGUCGUCCCUCAACAGUACCGUCGGUGGCCGUUUGAUCAAGACCGUACCCAUCGGGUCCCCUUGCCAUGAUCCGAACUAUGAUGAGGCUGCCUGCGCAGCUUUGCAGGCCGACUGGACCCUUCCGCAGACUCAUGAGGCUUCCUCCUCUUCGGUGAUGCAGACCUUCUUUGCCAACCAGAGCUGCGACCCGUUCACGGCAGAGUCCCAGCCGUGUCUCUUGGGAAACUAUGCCCGCUACUCCGUCAAUGUUUCUUCGAGCGACGACGUGAUUGCGGCCAUUCACUUUGCCAAAUCCAACAACAUUCGCUUUGUUAUCCACAACACUGGCCAUGAUUACCUGGGCCGCUCGACGGGGGCUGGAUCUCUCUCGGUGUGGACUCACCACUACAACAACAUUGAAUAUCUCGACUACUCCGACUCCUACUAUCAAGGCCCGGCCUUCCAGAUGGACGCCGGUGUGCUCGGAUACCAGAUCCUCGAGGCCGCAUCCGCCAAGGGACUGGUUGUUGUCGCUGGCGAAUGUCCCACCGUCGGUUUCACGGGUGGCUACAUCCAGGGUGGCGGUCACUCUGCCCUGAGCACGGCGUUCGGAUUGGCCGCUGACCAAACCCUGGAGUUUGAAGUCGUCACGGCGGCGGGCGAGGUCGUUACUGCCUCCCGCACCAAUAAUACCGAUCUGUUCUGGGCCCUGAGCGGCGGUGGUGCCGGGAACUUUGGGGUGGUCAUGUCCGUCACAGUCAAGGCGCACGCGGACGCCACCAUCGCCGGCGCGCUUCUGGAGUUCGCCAACACCGACUCCGACAUCUUCUACGAAGCCGUCUCCCAGUUCCAUGCUCUGCUCCCUGCUAUGAUCGACGCCGGCGCCUCCGUCAUCUACGAGAUGACCUCGCAGGUCUUCGCCAUCAACCCGGUCACGGCCUACAACAUGACCUCCGACGAUGUCAAGACCAUCCUCAACCCCUUCGAAACCGCGCUGACCAAGCUCAACAUCACGUACGUCGUCUCGUAUACCCAGUACGACUCCUACAAAGACCACUACAACAAGUACAUGGGCCCUCUCCCCUACGGCAACCUCGCCGUCUCGUCCUACCAGUACGGCGGCCGCCUGAUCCCGCGGGACCUGCUCGAGACCAGCCCCGCCGAGAUGGGUACGGUGCUCCGGAAUCUGACAGAGAACGGCGUGAUUGCCGUCGGGGUCGGUCUCGACGUCAGCAACCCCGGUGACGUGUCCAACGCUGUGUUCCCCGCGUGGCGCUCCGCCGCCGUGACCAUGCAGAUUGGCACCACCUGGAACGAGACCGCCCCCUGGGAUGAGAUGGUUGCCGACCAGUGGCGCAUCACCAAUGAGUUCGUGCCGCAGCUCGAGGCCAUCACCCCCGGCAGCGGCUGCUACCAGAACGAGGGCAACUUCCGCCAGCCGAACUGGCGCGAGACCUUCUUCGGCACCAACUUCCUGCCCCUGCUGGCCGUCAAGGCUCACUGGGACCCGGAGUUCUUCUUCUAUGCGCUCAAGGGCGUUGGCAGUGACUUUUGGACGGUGAAUGAAGAUGGGCGCAUGUGUAAGACUUGGAGCUGGUUCUAAAGGCUUUUCGGCGGCGGCGCAUGACGUAUGAAUAUAGAUUGCUUUAAAAUGUCGUAUAAUAGAUGACCCAUAGAUUUACACUUUAUAUCGAAC